GUCAAAAAAAAUCAUCUGCUGCGAGCUGCGACUGCACGGAAGUGAAUUCGCAAAUCAAUAAUGCUAUUAUAAGUACCAAAUUCUUGUGUUUCAUCGACUCUUACAAAGCAGAAUAGAUCAACAUGGAUCUCCCAUAUGAGGUGUUGGUUUACUUAUUUAAGUAUUUACCAAGAGCAGAUAGAAAAGCGGCAAGUGAAACAUGUCGCGCCUGGUAUAUAGCUGCCAAUGACAAUUACUUUUUGAAGAGUAAAUUAGUAACAUUCCACAGAGGGGCAUUUAAUGAUGAAGACCUAUCAAAACUAAGUACAUAUGAAAAUUCCUCAGUAAUUUACCGCAAUUACAUGUUCUGCGAUGUAGAAAUAUCAAGCAGACUCAAUGGAUUUUGGAACAAAAUGGGAGAAUUUAUAAAUUCAUUGGAAUUUGUGAAGGUUGAUGUAUGUGAAAAGGAAUUUCUGUACAUACUCCAAAAAUGCCCAAACUUGGAAACACUUAAUAUUCAUAGCUGCAAAGAAAUCUUCAUGUCUGGUCGAUUACUAGGGGGUAAAACUGAAGUAGUGAAAAACCUUGAUUAUUUAAAAUCCUUGAGCUUGACUAAUAAUAAGUAUUUAACAGAUGCCUUGUUAAACAGAUUUGUAGUAUCAGCACCAUUAUUGGAAUUCUUGGAUUUAUCAGAUUGUUCUUUGCAGUUCCACGCUGGGCUUAUUAAAAGGUUUUAUCCAAUUGGCUCCAAUGUCUUUGAAAAUCCCUCUGAAAGUGUAUUAACAUUUUAUUUCAUAAUGCAGUUCAUUAUAUCUCGAGCCAAAGUACUUAAACAAUUAAUACUUUCAAACACUCUUAUAGAUGGUGUCGCUCUAAAAUCCAUAGCAGAGAUUGAACACUUGAAACUAGAGACCUUAAUUGUGCAUUCCUGUGACCAGCUAACUAACAAUGGCAUCUUAGCAUUGACAACACACCAAACCAGUUUAGUAUCUCUUGAUCUUGGGCUGUGCAGUAGAGUCACUGAUCAAUCUCUUGUUUAUAUAUGCCAAAACCUUAAGAAUUUGGAAUGCCUUGACAUUCAAAGGUGCCGUGCUGUUACCGAUUUAGGUGCCAUUGAACUGAGGAAACUGAAAAAAUUGAAUUCUUUAAACAUAGCUCAAUGUGACCUAAUUACUAAAGUUGGCUUUGAAAAAGGGAUAUGUCAUGAAGUAAAUAAUGAGCUUCAAGAUUUGAAUAUUAGCGCACUUAAUUUGGAUCAAGAAACACUUAUAAUGAUAUCCGAAAAACUACCAAAAUUAAAAUUUCUGGACAUAAGUUUCUGCCUCAAUGGUGUUACAGAUAAGUCUAUUCAAGUUAUAUUAAAGAACCAAAUACGUUUGAAAACUUUGAAAAUGAGUUACUGUGACAAAGUCACAGAUGCAGGCUUAACAGGUAUGGGGAAAAUGGAGGAAAUCAAUGACAACGUCCCAAUAAUGGCGCAAUAUUAUGAAUGUAGUAGUCAUCAUCAUAAAAUUCACUUAGGAUCCAGAGCUGAGGAGGAGAUUCUUAGAGAUGCACAAAAAAAACGUGAGGUAAUGCUUAUGUGCGAGAAACUUACACUAGAUUCCUCUACUGGAUACUCAUUGGCGCGCCUGAAAUGCCUACAACACCUGGAUAUAAGUGGAUGUAAUAGAAUCACAGAUGUCAGUUUAACUUACACAUUUAACUUCAAAGAACUGAUUGUUCUUAGCUUGAGCAGGUGUCAACAAAUAUCACACGAGGGUAUGGCACAUCUAGUCAAAAAUUGCCCAAGCAUAGAAUUAUUUAAUUUAAUGGAUUGCUACAAUUUGAAAGAUGAAGCUGUUGUGGAAAUAGCAAAAGGUUUACAUAGAUUGGAGAACCUCGUACUAAAGGGCUGCAAUCAACUGACGGACAAAUCAGUGGAAGCUUUAUAUGCUCACUGUAAGAAGUUGCAGUUUCUGGAUGUUCAAGGAUGUCGCUACAUAACACCGGAAGUGGCGUUCUCGCUUGGCAACUUGCGAACAUUUCACACUCUUAUAAUAUCAAAACCGAGAUGUCCCUUGCCAGAAGAACCGAAGACCAACCCGCCACCACCAGCUCCAUCAUUUUUCCCGUCUUUGCUGAGGAAAUUACGUUUAGUACACUAAAUUCUUAAUUGUAGCAUUACAAGCACACAUACAUCGAGGCGUAAGUAUAUUUAGAAAAAUAUUUGUUUCUUUUUAACAUUUUUAUACAUACUUAUGUUUUAGUGACCGUGUCUCGACUCAGCAGUAGGUACCUAUUUACUGCCUACUGGCAUUUAUGUUAAUUAUUAGAAAAUGUAUGAUUUUUACAAAAUCACUCACUAUACGUAAAUUAUGUAAAUCAUCCCUAUUUUGGGAUUUUAAGUAGGUAUAUUACUGACGCAGCUGCGCAGUAAGUAAAUGACAUGAUAAGAUUAUGUGAAAGCGACUUGAUCAAUCUGUUUAUUGAUGUUUAGAUACAUAUUGUAGCUAAUCUAAAAUACUGGUAAUGUCACCCUAAAAAAAAGUCUAUUGAUGAACGAGGUUGCUGCUGUUUGUCCAGCGCAUUAGCAAAGUGAGGUACCCCAAUGAGAUGUGGACGGAGUCUGCAGCCCUAGGGAAGGAAAGUUGAUGAAUGUAGAUUUUGUAACAGAAAACCCACUUGGGUUAGAUAGGUAGGUACAUGGCCAGGAAUGGCGAUAUUAUUGGAGAGCUUAAAAAAUAUAUUAACUGUAAAUGUCUAUUAAUCUGUAAAUGAGUGUAAGUAUUAAACUGUAGGUAAAUGUAUAAAAAGAGGCGAAAUGUAUUUGUUCCAUCUGAAAGAAAUGAAGAUAAGAUAAUGGCAACUGCCAUGAACUAUAAUGCAUACAUAUUCAAAUGUGAACAUUUACAAUACUUCAGCUCUCGAUUUCAACAAGUCCAAUGUCCGAGUGAAACGAAGCUGGAGACUGUAAAUGUGACGUCACAGUACAUUGAAAUGUUCAGGGUCAGGCGCCUACUAAACAACAUACAAUUAAAAUGGCUCGAAGUUUUUACGAAGACUAAUGUAUUUUAUGUAAAUUAAGUAGUAACAUAAAAAUGAGAAAUAUACAAAAACAAUGUAAACAAUUUUAUCGUUAUCAUUCCGUUAUCACUUAAAUUAUUUUAGAUUUUGUAUGACCUACGUAAUGGACAAGUUGGAUUUCUUUGUUCUUUCUUUGUUGUCACUUUCAAUCUAAGCAGCCUUUUUUACUGACAAUUUUAAAUAAAAAGACAUUAACUGUAGAGCUUUUUCGUCGAUUUUUUAAUAGAUUCUUUAUAAUUUAAUUUACCAGUGAUAUUCUUUUUUCUUAACUUAUUUAUUAUUACUUAGUGUAGGUACUAAUUUUUAAAAUAGGUAAUACAAAUUUUUGAAAUAACUGUAGGUAUAACAUUUUAAGUUCAUUUGUUCAUACAUAAAUACUAACGCUUUUCCAUGUUGUACUAAAGCCAUGUAUUCAUUAGGCAACAUUUGUUUAUAAACUGUUCAUAAACAAUGUUUCAUAAUGUUUCAUCUUCUCU